AGAAGAAGGAGGAGGACAGGAGGAAAUAAAAACAAAGAAAAGAAAAAAAAAGCACUUUUGUCAGGAAAGGCAUAAAGCAUCCAGCGCUUCUACACUUUUAUUAAUCACAGAGCUUUCUCGAGCAUCCGGCUAGUGUCUACUCAAACUUGAAAGUCUGGUUUGUACUGGUUUUGUAGAGUCAAAAGGAUUUCCUGACUACUCCUGCAGCGUGGACUUUUUAUUUUUGCUAAACAACAGUUUUUUACCAUCUGCUGACAAAGCAAACGUGAAAUGAAUUGUGAAAUCAGUUAAAACAGACGACAGAAGACCUUCAUUUUGGUAAGGUGAUGUAACCUGUGACAAUCGAAGUCUGAUCUAUCAUGGAAGACGACAGCCGACCACUGCUGGCUUCAGAGCAGACGGGAGAGAACUCUCUUCGGGGCUCUACAGACUCUUUGGACAUAAAAGUCAAGAGACCGUUCCACGUGGAGCCCAGAAACAUUGUAGGUGAUGACCCGCAGGAGAGAGUGUCUGCUGAAGCUGCCAUUCUCAAUAGUCGAGUGCAUUACUACAGCAAACUUACUGGCUCGUCUGACAGACUCCUGAGUCCUCCAAAUCAUGUGAUCCCACGACCAGAAGAAAUUUACAUCUACAGCCCUCUUGGGACUGCCUUUAAGGUGACCAGCAGUGACCAGUCAUCUAAAAACCCUAGUAUAAUCACUAUAUUUGCUAUAUGGAACACAAUGAUGGGUACUUCCAUACUUAGUAUACCAUGGGGCAUAAAACAGGCUGGUUUCACUAUGGGGAUCCUUAUUCUCAUCUUCACCGGUCUGCUCUUGCUGUACUGCUGUUACAUUGUGCUUAAAUCACCAAAGUUUAUUCCUUAUAUGGAUACAUCGGAUUGGGAAUUCCCUGAUGUCUGUCGAUAUUACUUUGGGAAGUUUGGCCAAUGGUCCAGUCUUUUGUUUUCAAUGGUUUCUCUAAUAGGAGCCAUGGUGGUCUACUGGGUUCUUAUGUCCAAUUUUCUCUUUAACAGUGGGCAGUUUAUCUACAACUAUGUUCACAAUGUCAGUGUGUCAGACAAUGAAUUUGGAACAAAUGGUUCAGACAGAGUAAUCUGCCCAUUCCCGAAUUAUCCUGACUCAAAUUCUAGCUCAUUGAUUGUGGACCAAAACUCAAACAACAGUUCUGGUGACAUCUCUUUUACACAUUGGUGGAGCAAGACCCAUACCAUCCCUCUGUACCUAAUUGUGCUCCUGCUGCCACUGCUCUGUUUUCGUUCUGCUUCAUUUUUUGCAAGAUUUACUUUUUUGGGCACCAUCUCUGUCCUCUACCUCAUUACACUUGUCACUUACAAAGCUUGCCGUCUUGGCUUUCACUUGGAGUUCCACUGGUUUGAUCACACACAGUUUUUUGUUCCAGAGUUUAGACUACAAUUUCCUCAACUGACUGGUGUUCUCACACUAGCUUUUUUUAUUCACAACUGUAUCAUCACUUUAAUGAAAAGCAACAAAAACCAAGAAAACAACGUUCGAGACCUUUCUGUGGCCUACCUCCUGGUUGGCCUGACCUACCUUUAUGUGGGGGUUUUGAUCUUUUCUGCUUUUCCCUCUCCACCUUUAACCAAAGAAUGCAUUGAACCGAACUUUCUAGAUAAUUUCCCCAGCAACGAUGUGAUGGUGUUUGUAGCUCGGGCAUUUCUGUUAUUUCAAAUGAUAACAGUAUACCCCCUUCUGGGGUAUCUAGUGCGUGUUCAAGUGAUGAGUCAGUUCUUUGGAAACAACUAUCCCAGUUUCUUUCAUGUUCUAUUGCUGAACAUAUUGAUUGUUGGAGCUGGGGUCCUUACGGCGAUGUUUUAUCCCAAUAUUGGCUCUAUCAUAAGAUUUUCUGGUGCCACAUGCGGUCUGGCUUUGGUGUUCAUCUUCCCUGCUUUGGUCCACAUGAUCUCGCUUCAUCGUCAAGGAGCACUCACCUGGCUCUCUGCCAUCUUCCACAGUUUUUUGAUUCUGCUGGGAAUAGCAAACCUUCUGGCUCAGUUUUUCAUGUAGACCCCCAGGCUCUUAGAGGCUGAUUAAAGGAUUAGACUUACCAGAUACACUUAAGUGGUUGGGCAACAUUUAUGUUAAAGGUCAUGUUUAGGGAUGAAAAACUGCUUGGAAAUCUAGAAUCUCAUCAUUUGAACAUCUGCUUUUCUCCUCAGUACACCUCAGUGUCUAUAGUGUUUUUAUCAAUAUAUAUCAAUAAUUAACUCUUACAUACUGAUGAAUUUUAGUGCAAUGUAAGAUUUUUGGAAUCACAAACACUAUGCAUUUUACAGACUAGCCAAUUAUAUCAAAGUUGUCUUUUAGUAAUGCUCAAAAACACAUUGAUGAGAAGCAGUAUAGUGUGUAUGCUGCUUUUAUUUACAAUGAUAAUUUAUCCGUCACAGCAAAUAUAAUGUAUAUUCUUGUUGUAAUGCACAAAGCCAUUUGUAUGCUUAUGGUAUACAGGCAAUUGCUCUUCUCUCCUAAUUAUGUUUUAUGCUGUCUGGCUGUUAUGUUUACACUUACACUGUUUGUAUUUAAUAUGUUAUUUUUUAGUAUUUUAUCAAAACAUUUUACUAAUGUUAGGAUAGACAAAGGGACUAUGGAUUUCAAAAUGGACUCAUAUCUAUUAAAUAGACCAAUUUAUAUGGUGUUGGUUUAACGUUCAGUUAAAAUAAUAUGGAACAAUAAUGGUAAUUUCGAGACGAGUCUUUAAGUUGCAUUACAUUUACUGUGUGUUGAUAUCUUUCACCUCUGUUUAAUCCAAUGCCAAUAAAACCAUUAUAAAAUAUA